AAGCGCACUUCUGUUCGUCCCGGGACGGCGACGGCGUCGGCGGCGCUGGCGGCGGCGGCGGCGGCGCGGGGCAUGGUCCCCGGAUCCGAAGGCCCGGCCCGGGCCGGGGGCCUGGUCGCUGAUGUGGUGUUUGUGAUCGAGGGGACGGCAAACCUGGGACCGUACUUCGAGGGACUCCGCAAGCACUACCUGCUGCCCGCCAUAGAGUACUUCAACGGGGGACCACCCGCAGAGACGGACUUUGGGGGAGACUAUGGCGGAACCCAGUACAGCCUUGUGGUGUUCAACACAGUAGACUGCGCUCCAGAGUCCUAUGUACAAUGCCAUGCUCCUACCAGCAGUGCCUAUGAGUUUGUCACCUGGCUCGAUGGCAUCAAGUUCAUGGGUGGUGGUGGCGAGAGCUGCAGUCUCAUUGCUGAAGGUCUGAGCACUGCUCUGCAGCUGUUUGAUGACUUCAAGAAGAUGCGUGAACAGAUCGGCCAGACCCACCGAGUCUGUCUCCUCAUCUGCAACUCACCCCCAUACCUACUGCCUGCCGUGGAGAGCACCACAUACUCAGGCUGUACGACGGAGAGCCUGGUACAGAAGAUAGGAGAGCGCGGUAUCCACUUCUCCAUCGUUUCUCCGAGAAAGCUGCCAGCCCUUAGGCUUCUGUUUGAGAAGGCGGCUCCUCCUGCCCUACUGGAGCCUUUGCAGCCCCCAGCAGACGUCAGCCAGGACCCCAGGCACAUGGUACUUGUGCGUGGGCUCGUGCUGCCUGUUGGCGGCAGCUCAGGCCCAGGCCCUCUGCAGCCCAAGCAAGCCGUUCCCCUGCCACCAGCUCCAACUUCAGCUGCCACGCUCUCAGCAGCCCCCCAGCAGACCCUGCCCCCGGUCCCACCACAGUACCAGGUCCCUGGGAACCUAAGUGCUGCUCAGGUGGCUGCGCAGAAUGCUGUGGAGGCUGCCAAGAACCAGAAGGCCGGGCUGGGCCCACGCUUCUCACCCAUCAACCCUCUCCAGCAAGCUGCUUCAGGAGUGGGGCCCCCCUUCAGCCAGGCCCCAGCACCCCCAUUAGCUCCUGGGCCCCCUGGAGCUCCCAAGCCACCUCCUGCCUCACAGCCUAGCCUAGUCUCCACUGUGGCCCCUGGACCAGGCCUGGCAGCCCCGGCACAGCCUGGGGCUCCGUCUAUGGCAGGCACUGUGACCCCAGGUGGAGUCAGUGGUCCUUCACCAGCCCAGCUUGGGGGUCCUGCACUUGGUGGGCAACAGUCAGUAUCCAACAAGCUCCUAGCCUGGAGUGGCGUCCUCGAGUGGCAGGAGAAACCCAAGCCUGCAUCCGUGGAUGCCAACACCAAGCUGACAAGGUCUUUGCCUUGUCAGGUCUACGUGAACCAUGGAGAAAACCUGAAGACUGAGCAAUGGCCCCAGAAACUGAUCAUGCAGCUCAUCCCUCAGCAACUGCUGACCACCCUGGGCCCGCUGUUCCGAAACUCGAGAAUGGUUCAGUUCCACUUCACCAACAAGGACCUGGAGUCCCUCAAAGGCCUCUACCGCAUCAUGGGCAAUGGCUUUGCUGGCUGCGUGCACUUCCCACAUACAGCCCCGUGCGAGGUGCGCGUGCUCAUGCUCCUGUACUCGUCUAAGAAGAAGAUCUUCAUGGGCCUCAUCCCCUACGACCAGAGUGGCUUCGUCAAUGGCAUCCGCCAGGUCAUCACCAACCAUAAGCAGGUCCAGCAGCAGAAGCUAGAGCAGCAGCGUGGGAUGGGGGCACAGCAGGCACCUCCAGGCCUGGGCCCCAUUCUGGAGGACCAAGCGAGGCCCCCGCAGAAUCUAUUACAGCUCCGCGCACCACAGCCUCAGCCUCAGGGUGCUGUGGGAGCUUCUGCGGCUACAGGGCAGCCCCAGCCCCAAGGUACUACCCAGGCCCCAACAGGGGCACCCCAAGGUCCUCCUGGAGCAGCCCCUGGCCCACCUCCUUCUGGACCCAUCCUUCGACCCCAGAACCCUGGGGCCAACCCCCAGCUGCGGAGCCUUCUCCUUAAUCCAGCACCGCCCCAGACUGGGGUACCCCCACCCCAGGCCUCCCUACACCACCUCCAGCCUCCAGGGGCCCCUGCAUUGCUGCCGCCACAUCAGAGCCUGGGGCAGCCGCAGCUGGGGCCGCAACUCCUGCACCCUCCACCUACCCAGUCUUGGCCCACACAGCUACCCCAGAGGGCGCCACUGCCAGUGGCCAAACGAAAGAGAGAAGGAGAGGGCCGCGUGUUUCGAGAAAAAUGGGAGCGAGACUAUUUCUUUGUGGAAGUGAAGAGCAUGCCUACGUGCUUAAUAUGCAAAAAAAACGUGUCAGUGCUGAAAGAGUACAACCUGAAGCGCCACUAUGAGUCCCAGCACAGCAGGAGCUACGGUCAGUACACAGCGCAGAGCCGCGACACGCUCCUGCAGGAACUCAAGAGGGCCCUCCGAGCCAGCGAAGCUUUGGAGAGCCAGGAAUAGCCAUGCAGUGCAGUGGAGAGAAGAACUGUCAUCAAGGCUGUCCUGUGAGUCUGACAAGCUUUUGCAGGCUGAAGCACACAGGAGUCAGAGGCCUUACGGAUCCAGUUGCCUGACCCACAGCAGUGGCCUUUUGGUGGCUGCACAGAAACUCUGAGCACAUGGUUAGCUUUAUUUAUUUGUGGUGGUGGUGAUCUCCAUGCAACCGAGGUAGUCUGUGAGGUGGCGCCAAGCCAGCCCCUGACUUUGAAGUGGCUUGCUCUUGUGCAUGCAGACAUCAGAUUCAUAAGCACAGCUACAGUCCCCUCAUGGUGGUCGGGCUGUCCGUCGUGGGGCUGUCCCAUACCUCCGUCCCCACUCAUGGUGGUCGGGCUGUCCAUCGUGGGGCUGUCCCAUACCUCCGUCCCAAGUGGCACUGUUUGCCAGGACCCAGCUCAGAUCCUAGUCUCAGUAACCAGGAAUUGAGAUGCUCAAAGAAACACCAUGACGCCUUGACUCGCAUUCCUGUACUUGAACUGAGCCAGUUGUCUGAGACCAGGACAUGCAGGGAAUCUGAACCGGCCUGUUCAGUUCACUUCAGAGUGUGCCGAGCCGUGCCCUGGUUCCCUGGAGGGAACCUGCUUAGACACUUUUGGUUGAAGUUCCCACCCUUGUGAACACUGACUCUGUCUCAGAAGGGAUAUUCACGAACAGCUCCUGAAUGUAUGACUGGGGUGUGAUCCUGGCAGAUGGAUGCCUUUGCGAGCAACAGUGGGACUGCCUACCCUUGCUGCAGCUGGUUUCUGGAAAUGAGAGUCGGCCAGGACCAGUUACUCACACUGUGAGACCCAAGACCAAGUCCCCUGAGGGCCAUAUUCUACUUGAACCCGAGCUAACACUGGCUAGCUCGCCCUUACGAUGAUGUGAAUGCAGACCCCAGUCCGAGUUGCAGUGCAACAGGGUGCAUGCAGUUCUGCAAGAUGGCGAGGCUCCUUUACCUCUGUCCAGCAGUGUCCUGAGUGUCUGGCUGCCCACACUUGUGACAGUCACUGUUUUCCGUUACUAAAUCAAAAACUCCGUUUUAAGGAUUAAGGUUGAAAUUUCACCUGCCCAUCUCUCUGUCCCAACCAAUGCCAGCACUGACAUCUGGGUGUAGAAGGGCAGGUGUCAACCUUCCACUCAAAAGGCACAAGAGAAUUACAAGAGAGAAAUUUUAAUAACUAAAUAUUUCUAUUUUUCAAUUUGUAUUUUUUCAAUUUUGAAUUUAAAGUAUGAACUCUAGUAUCAUACGUGUUUGUGUUGUAUUCCGUGCGUUCACCAUAGCUCAGUAAAGAUCCAAUUUGAUUAUC